UUGUAAGCUCUUCCAGAAGAGCAGCAGCCCUUGACAUCACACACACACAAGUGCAUUUACUGGAGGAACAGAAAACUGAAAGGUGGGAAACUGCUGGCCAACUAUCUCCUAAGACAUGCCCUCGGCUCUCACAGCCCUGCAUAGCAUCAGUAGAGCCUGUCUGACCCCAGCCUGCUGGGCCUCAGCAUCUCGCCCAACCAGUGAGGUACUGCCACGCAGUAUGUCCCUCAGGGAGCACGGGCAAUACCUCUUCCGCAGUGCUGUGGAUGUUGUCUUGCCAGCCCGGAUGCUCAGGAGGGCCUUGGAGCUCAGAACUGAUGGAGGCCCGCAACUCGUCGUGAGGGGCCAGGCUUUCCCAGCGCAGAGGAAUCUGUAUCUUGUGGGCUUCGGCAAAGCUGUGCUGGGGAUGGCUGCCGCAGCAGAAGAGAUCUUGGGAGAUCACCUACUCCGAGGAGUUGUCAGUGUCCCUCUGGGCAUUGAGGCGUGUCUGCAGCAGGCAGGAAUGCAGGAAAUGCUGCUAAAGCCACACAGCAGGAUCCAGGUCAUAGAAGGAGCUAAGCACAACCUCCCUGACAGAGAGGCUUUGAGGGCAGCCAGGGCCAUUGGUGAGCUGGCAGAAGGUCUGACAGCUGAUGACCUCCUCCUUGUGCUGAUCUCAGGAGGUGGAUCAGCCUUGUUGCCUGCCCCCAAGCCUCCUGUGCUCCUUGAAGAGAAAGAGAAGGUCACCAAGCUGCUGGCUUCCAGAGGAGCUACCAUCCAAGAACUCAACAUCAUCCGGAAGGCCUUGUCCUUGCUGAAAGGUGGAGGGCUGGCUCAGGCUGCCUAUCCUGCACAGGUGCUGAGCCUCAUCCUCUCUGAUGUCAUUGGUGACCCAGUAGACAUUAUAGCAAGUGGUCCCACUGUUGCCAAUUCCCACAGCACCAAAGACUGCUUUGAAAUCCUGGCAAAAUACAAUCUGCUGAGCAGCUUGCCCAAAUCUGUGGAGACAGCGCUGCACAGCUCAAGUUCAGAUUCUGUUCGUUCUCAAGACUAUUCCCAUGUCUAUAAUGUCAUCAUUGGUUCAAACAGUUUGGCUUUAGAAGAAGCCAAACACCAAGCAGAGGCUCUGGGCUACCUGACUCUGAUUCUGAGUGCAGCUGUCUGUGGGGAAGUCAACAGAGUGGCCAAACUCUAUGGUCUGCUGAUUCAGUUUAUCUGCUUGAGUAUGGCUGGACCUGGAGUAGAUUCUUUAAUUGAUGAAGUGAGAAGUGAUCUCCUACAACUGGCAGCAGAGCUAGACAUCCCCAGUCUGAAUCUUACGGAGUUUCUAAGGACUUUGCAGGGAUUUGGACCUGAAAGGCCAGUUUGCCUCCUUGCUGGUGGAGAGACAACAGUCCAGGUGCAAGGAAGUGGGCAGGGUGGGAGGAACCAGGAGCUGGCUCUGCGUGUGGGGUUGGAGCUGCACAAAGCUAAGUCCACCAGGGCUGGUGGCAUCCUUGAUGGAUGGGAGGUCAUGUUCCUCAGUGGGGGAACUGAUGGGCAGGAUGGGCCAACAGAGGCUGCUGGUGCCUUCUCCAGCCUGGAGCUGGUAGACAGGGCUGGCCAGGAAGGUCUUGAGGUGGAGGCAUUUCUAAGCAAUAAUGACUCGUACACAUUCUUCAGUAAAUUCCAAAAUGGAUGUCACCUGCUGAUGACAGGUUUAACAGGCACUAAUGUCAUGGACAUACAGGCUGUUUUAAUUAGGGCCAGAGACAGAUAAUGAGAGUAACACCACCAGAUAGUCAGGUGCUUUUAAUGAGAGGCAAGGGUAAACAGAGGGCACUAACAUUACAGACAAAUCUGGCUGCUUAAAUUAGGGGUAGCUGUCAAGGCUGCAGAUAUCCUGGACAUAAAGGUUACAUUAAUUAGGCACAGGAGUGGGUAACCAUGGCAUGAGCAGCAGGAACAUUGGAUCUGUUUUAAUUAGGAUCAGAGAAAAGGAAGCACGGCACCAGCGUUAUGGAUAUCUUGGCUGGGUUAACCUUUCUGCCCAAGUACCACUGAAGGGUACAUUUUGACUCUGGUUACAAAGAAUUCAGGAAAGUAGGGCUGCUGGCUGGCAGGGACAGCACUUGGCCAGCACUUUUUGCUCUUGUAUCCAUUCAGACUGGUCCCAUACUAACUUGACGAGCGUUUACAUUUAGUCUGCAUGUGCUUCCCAUGAGUGAAAUCAUGUGAUUGUAAAACAACAUCAAAAUACAAGCAAGACAGAAAAGACUGGGGUUUUCCAAAACGUCUGUGGGAAUUAGGUCUCCCACUUCCAUGAAUGACAUCUGACUCUUAGGUCUGAUUUUUAGCUUGCCAUUUUAAAGCUCAGGCUCACUAUGUGAACAAGGUGCUUUAGAUCAGUACAAAGGGCCUUGAAUCCAAGGAAUUGCAAAUGCAGCAGAGAUGGCCAAAAGCACAUCAGUUCAGUUUAACCUUUGAUCUUGGAUAUGUGACGUAAAUGCCACAGCCAAAUGUAUUUUCACUCCACUGUGCGAAGAAUCAUGUGAACUGUGAUUCAGAUGCAUUGAUGCAAAAACAACCUGAACAUGCACCUUCCCCUCCUUCCAGUGACCUUCUCUGCUACCUUGGGUGGUGACAUUUUUUUCCCUUGGCUGAUAUUUCAUGGGGCAGCACUCUGUGCUGUCAGUGUGUAGGCUAUGAGGAUUCCAAGUAUUAUUUCCAAACUGGUCAAAAAACAAUCCAGCCUCCAGCUUGAGGUAUUGACCUUUUCACUGUGUAAAGUCAGAUGUUGCUGUCACUCUGAUUAACUCUGCUAGUUCCAUGGAACAAAAGGCAAGAAAAUCUGCAAAUUCAACGCUUCUGACCCAUAUUGCUGAACCGAUUAAAGGGCAAAGCUUCUGGGGCUACGGCUUUCUCAGAGACUGGAUUCCCUGUGCCUCUGGGGCCAGUACAGAGGAGUGGUGACUUCAGCUUUGUCACAAAGUUAAACUUGGGUCCUGUUUUGCCACAUAUGUUAGCACAAUAUGUGGACAGACUAACUAGAGGCUGGAUUUUCAAGGAGUCAGAGCCCAUGUCUGGGGCCAGAUUUUGAAAGAAGCUGCAGGGUUCAGCAACCAUCCUGACCCAGUAUGUUCAAUCCUCUCAAAAAUCUAGAUGUUUAUUACAGUGCUAAAUUGGGAGCUGAGUUCUUUUGAAUAUUCAGCCCUGAUUUAAUAGGCCACUUAUGCGUCAAACUGUUUUCAGACAGAUGGAGCUCUGUCGUGUGGCUGAUCUAACCUUGCAGACAACUAUAGCUCCUUGUCCAUACUGUAAGCAGUGAUGUCAUUGGCCAUUUGUCCUUACUGAGAUUCAUGGAGGGGUCGGACAUUCAUCAGGAUACACAGGUUUUCCAGUGAAGGUUAAUGCCAGCAACAUGGUUAGAAGGCACAGAACACCUCCAGCUUCAGGUCUUACAUCAGCCUCUGUCUAUGGAUAGAGUCCCUCUAUCUAGUACAGAGUGGAACAGGACUGUCAUGGCAAGCCUACACCCUGUGCUGCCUGUCAGGAACAUGCCAGAAGAGAAGCACAGGCCUGAGCCAGAGUUGGAAGUCCCCAUGUCCCUUAAUUAAGGCUUGUAUAGUUACUGGAUAAUCCAUCCUGUUCCAACGCUGCAAUGUAUAAAGUUACUUAUUUUCUGAGCCUCAAUUUGUUGUGCAACAUGGGGAUGCUAAUCAGUACCUACCUUACAGCGUUGAAUUACCAAAUAUUUGGUAACUGCAUUGAGGUCUGCUGAUAGAUGGUAGUAGAGACCUACAGAGUAUUAUAAAGCUGAGUAAAUGAAUAGUGUCAGGGGUAAGACUGAGUAAAGAGGAGCCUUGCUACCUUUUUGUGCAUGCUUUCCCAGUUUUCCAGUGAAUUACAGAGGGUGCCGUUUUAAUUACGUUCACCAUGUUUCGGCGUGGCCGGGCCGUGUCUUCUGGUUAAGCCUCUAUGCAUGAUUGUUGUGCAAAUAAUAAAUGUGAAAGGAACAAGAAUGUGUUCAAAGUGCUUGGUUAUGGGUCAGGACCAUUGGCUGGAGAGCCAUGCUAACUGCUUCACACCAGACUGCUCUCUGUUGAAUGGGUGCAAAUCCAGCUAAGGAGUCAGUCUGAAUUUGAAUUGAAUUAAAAAGAUCAGACCAGAUUUUAGCUCUUACCUUAUUACUGCCAGCCGUCUGCUGUACCAUUCUCACUUCUUAUCACUGGGAGACUGGCAGUAGAGCAGGUGGUCUCCCCAGCAGACAUGCGCAACCCAGGGGGACCUAGGCCACCCUGCAGUAGACCAGAUUUAUUUAACCUGGAGGUACUUGGAGUACUGCUUGCUCUGUUUAACAUGCCCUCAGUAGUGCAGCAGGUGCACCAGAGUGAAGAUCUCAAAUUUACAGCAUUACUCAAAUGGUUCAUGGCACAGAAAAAAAGGGUUCAUAAAAAUGGGCUGAGCUAGACUGCUAUAUGAAUCCAUAUGGUUCCCCUGACUCAACAGAAUACGUUUAUAGCAGUAAAGAAUCUCACCUUUGUGCUCUCCUAUGCACAUAUAACCUUUUCCACCUGCCAAACAUUGCAUUAGUCCUUGGGAAUGCUGCUGGAGCUGGCAUUCAUGCAUGCACUUCUUCAGAGAAAUCCCUGUGCUGCUAAUCAUACAUGUGCCGCUGACAUCAUCCUGGCUUUUUAAAUAGGCACAAUUCAGUAUUAAUUAAAAUGAGUUCAUGUUGUGAAGGAGGAAACUGAUAAAAGGUCUGAUGAAAGGACAUGGCUGUUUGAAGUACAUUUUGCAUCUGCAUUCA